CGGGCUCCUCCCCGGGGGCGUGGCCGGCGGGGCGCGGCGCUGCACGGUGCUGCACGUGUACGAGCCCGGCGGCCAGCCGAACCUGUGCGUGUGGGUCCCGGCGCUGCCUGUGUUGCCUAUGCGGCUCCCCGCUCGCCGCUCCCUCCUCCAAGUGGCCUCAGCCCUCCUGCUCCGGAGCGGAGCGCCGGCCUCCUUGCCGCUUGGCCCGCGUUCGCAGGCUCCUGAUUCUCUUAAAUGUUUUCUUGGAAGCUUAAAGAUGGAAAUGACAAGCAUGUCCCUGAAACGCGGGUGCCUUGCUGUGGAAGAUAAUGAUAGUGUGGCUCCUGAGGAGACAAAAAAACAGAAGGUCUCAGAGUGCUGUCUGACCAGAUCUCAAGAUGGGGCAGAGAAUGACUGUCUGCCGAGUAGUGAGAUCAAGCCUGGGCCUCCAGAAGUUGAAAGUGCCAAGAAAGGUGAAAAGAAUUUCAGUGGUCAGGUGCAAGAAGAAGAAGAGGAGGAAGAUGGCCUUUCUGAGGCAGGGCAGGAGGAGGAGCCAGAGAGUUUUGCAGACAUGAUGAAGCAUGGCCUCACUGAACUUGAUGUAGGCAUCACCAAGUUUGUGAGUUCUCAUCAAGGAUUUUCAGGAAUCUUAAAAGAAAGGUACUCUGACUUCAUCGUUCAUGAAAUAGGAAAAGAUGGACGGAUCAGCCAUUUGGAUGACUUGUCUGUACCAGUGGAUGAAGAGGAUCCUUCUGAAGACGUAGUUACAGUUUUGACAGAUGAAGAAAAGCAGCAAUUGGAAGAGCUCCAGCUUUUUAAAAAUAAAGAAACCAGUGUUGCCAUUGAGGUUAUUGAGGACACCAAAGAGAAAAGAACUGUCAUCCAUCAAGCUAUUAAAUCUCUCUUCCCAGGAUUAGAGACAAAAACAGAGGAUAGAGAAGGCAGAAAAUAUAUUGUAGCCUACCAUGCAGCUGGGAAAAAGGCUUUGGCAAAGGUCAGAACUGCAGCAGAUCCAAGAAAACAUUUUUGGCCAAAAUCUAGAGGAAGCUACUGCCACUUUGUUCUCUAUAAGGAAAACAAAGAUACCAUGGAUGCUAUUAAUGUACUGUCCAAAUAUUUAAGAGUAAAACCAAACAUAUUCUCUUAUAUGGGAACCAAAGACAAAAGGGCUAUAACAGUUCAAGAGAUUGCUGUUCUCAAAAUAAGUGCACAAAGACUCGCCCACCUAAAUAAGUGCUUGAUGAACUUUAAGCUGGGAAAUUUCAGCUAUCAGAAAAACCCUCUGAAAUUGGGAGAGCUUCAAGGAAAUCACUUCACAGUUGUUCUCAGAAAUAUAACAGGAACUGAUGAACAAGUACAACAAGCUAUGAAAUCGCUCAAGGAGAUUGGAUUUAUUAACUACUAUGGAAUGCAACGAUUUGGAACUACAGCUGUCCCUACAUAUCAAGUUGGAAGAGCUAUUCUACAGAAUUCCUGGACAGAAGUCAUGGAUUUAAUACUGAAACCUCGUUCUGGAGCUGAGAAGGGGUACUUGGUGAAAUGCAGGGAAGAAUGGGCCAAGACUAAAGACCCAGACGCUGCCCUCAGAAAACUACCGGUCAAAAGGGGUGUGGAAGGGCAGCUGCUUCGAGGACUUUCAAAAUACGGGAUGAAGAAUAUAGUCUCUGCAUUUGGCAUAAUACCAAGAAAUAAUCGCUUAAUGUAUAUUCAUAGUUAUCAAAGCUAUGUGUGGAAUAACAUGGUGAGCAAAAGGAUAGAAGACUAUGGGCUGAAACCUGUCCCAGGGGACCUUGUUCUCAAAGGAGCCACAGCCACCUAUAUUGAAGAAGAUGAUAUUAAUAAUUACUCUAUUCAUGAUGUGGUGAUGCCUUUGCCCGGUUUUGAUGUUAUCUACCCAAAACAUAAAAUUAGUGAAGCCUACAGAGAAAUGCUCACAGCAGACAAUCUUGAUAUUGACAACAUGAGACAUAAAAUUCGAGAUUAUUCCUUAUCAGGGGCUUACCGAAAGAUCAUUAUUCGGCCUCAGAAUGUUAGCUGGGAAGUCGUUGCAUAUGAUGAUCCUAAAAUUCCACUUUUCAACACGGAUGUGGACAACCUAGAAGGAAAACCACCACCAGUGUUUGCUUCUGAAGGCAAAUACAGGGCUCUGAAAAUGGACUUUUCUCUUCCUCCUUCCACCUAUGCCACCAUGGCCAUUCGAGAAGUGCUGAAAAUGGAUACCAGCAUCAAGAACCAGACCCAGCUGAAUACAAAUUGGCUCCGCUGAGGAGUAUCUUAUCCACAGAAGAGAAAAUGCAGACAAGUGUUUGCUUACCAACCUCCUGUUCAUUUUUUUAAGUAUUGGCCAUAUUUGGAUUUUGAAUCUUUGUAGUAAAGGAUUAUUUGUAUUUUUUUAAGUUUGUAUCAGCUUAAAGAAAUAAUUUGCAAUAUUUAUAUACAUGUACAAAUCCUGAGGAUCCUAAUAAUAGCUCAGAAGAUAUAUGAACUGGUCAAAAUAUACUUUAUGGACUGGAGAAAUAGCUCAGUGGUUAAGAGCACUGGCUGCUCUUGUAGAAGACCCAGGUUUGAAUCUCAGCACCCACAUGGUGGCUAACAAUUAUGUUUAACUCCAGUUCCAGUGAACCUGACGCCCUCUUUUGGCCUCUGCAGGCACUGCAUGACACGGGUGCACUUACAUACAUGCAGACAAAACACUCAUACACAUUAAAUAAAUAAAUAUACUUUAGGUGCUUAUAUCAUUGUACAAAUUCGGCUUUUUGACUUUAUGAUAAAGAAGGACUGUAACAAUUGUAGAUUUCACUGCAUACCUCAAGAAUAGGAGGUUUUAAAAUAUCCAUGACUUUAAGAGCAACUGGAACAAAACAAAUCCUGACUAUGGAAAAUUAGAGGAUCUGCACUAAGAACAUACAGAACCUAUACUGGUUUAAAUGACAAGACAUCUGCAGGUUUAUAAACACAAAAGUGAUUAUCAUUUGCAGCUGUGUACCAGGUUCAGGUAAGCAUUUGUGUACUUUUUAGUUUACAAUGGCUUUUGCAUUUAUAGUAUCAGUGUCUUUUAGGAGAGCCUAUUUCUUGAUAUAAACAUAUGUAGUUGUUUUUAUUGAUUAAGGUCUAAUUUUACUCUGGGUGCCUUUUAUGUUCAGAACUAUUUUUCCACUGGACUAG